AUGGCGUCUUCCGGAACCCCAACUCCUUUCAUGGGAUCGGGUAUAAAACAAGAUCUACACUUAUUAUUCAACAAGUUCUCAUCUACCGAAUCUAAAAGCAUCCGAGCAUUUGCCGAAAUUUUCCGGGAGACACGUUUUGACACCAUUUUCCAUUAUCGAGUAAACCCAGCGGAACAUCUGGAAUUUAGCGAGUACCUCCUCCAGAAUGCAGCUCUAUAUUUUGAAAGCAAAAAUGAAAUUGGUGUGCCGAGAACAUUAGAAGAUCGAUUAUUUGGGAUAUACCUCUGUUAUGCGCUGUACAAUGUUCAACCUAUAGAUCACAUUUGCCAGAUACCAAUAACUGGAACACAGUUCGAAGAGCUCCUCAAACUGCAAAAAGAAUUAGUAUCUAGAAAACUUCUCCAACCCGUGGCUGCCAUCAAAAAUCUCCUACUAAAGAAAGCGUUCCGGUUAACUAUCUUCCAAUCAACUUAUGAUCCAGUUACACACAAGAAAUACCUAUACGAAGAAGAUGUUCUAAAUUAUAGCAGGAAACCAAUUGAACCAUUUGCAAGAGUAGCAGCGUUGAAAAAUCAGAAAUUGUUCGGCGAGAUCGUACUGAUGCACAAUGUUUAUACCAAGGCAAAACAUGAUCUUGGUUUAACCGAUAUACAGUUAGUGGAAAAAGUCGAUCCGACCUUGGAACUGCAGAAAAGUCUAGAAAGACAUCAGAAAGAGCUCGAAGCGGUGCAAAAUGGAACUGCACUACCGACAACGAGUAACACGCAAGCAGAAACAACAGCAGGAACCAGUAGAUCAGAAUUGAGAACUAAAGCAUAUUCUGCUGGAUUGAAGCAUACUAGACAGCGAAGGUAUCUCGACCCAAACAUGCAAGAAAAUUUCAAGCAUCUCACAUUUGGACAAAUCGCUCAACAAUGCUUGGAUGAAGAGCCCGGUCCAUCUACGGAGUACGUGAAUCCUGUCGAUUUUUGUGUUUCUAGUUAUACAUAUUCUAACCUCAGGAUUCCCAAUCGCCAUUUGAAAAAUAAGAAGAAACGUAGAGCAAGUGUAGAACCGAUCGAACAAAUGGAUGAACAUGAUCUGGCUGAGCAGGUUCUUCGUGAAGAGUAUGCAUCCAGAGUUAAACCUGAAUCCGACGGAGAAGAAGAACAGAUGCUUGGCAUGAAAAUUGGUAAGCUGGGAACCUCUGGUGUAGCCAAAAUUCGAGCCCCCAAGCGGAAGAACGGAAAAUUGAUAACAGUCAAAUCUGAACAUGUAGCCGACGAUCGAACGGAUAUGACUGCUUCACAAAUUAGUGCAUCGUUCAAAUCUCCUGAAAAGAAGAAGGCUAAUGUACGGAAGGAAGUGAAGCCACCUAGAAUUAGCGACGAAUGGGCGAAUAAGCUUCAUGUCUGGCACGGACAAGUCGAGGCGACAGAUAAACAGCUUAAAAAGCUGACAAGUCAGAUAAAACUCGAAGAGGUAGAUGAAGACGAACAUUAG